AUGGACAUUUCAAAGUUUCUCGCUGAUGACUUUGAUCCGACGAAUUGGAUUAAUGAAAUGUUGUCAUCCUCAUCAUUGUUGGGAAACACGAGUUCGGAUCAAGUGAUUUCGGGAGGAAACACUCGUCCUUCAACACCGCCUCUAACCUCUCUCAAUGUACCAUCCAUGACGACGGAUAUGAGUUAUCAGGUGAAUCAAAUCAUGUUGAAAUUACAAGUAUUAUUCUCGGAUUUGGGAUCAUAUAUGGAACAAGAAGUAAAGACAUCUAUUCAGAAAAUUCCUAAUGCCUUGUUUGAAAUUGAAAAGAUGCAGGAUCAAACCAUUAAUUUAUUUGUUGCUGUAACGAGUCUUUAUAAGAAGAUUGAAAACAUUGAUUCGGAAUGUUAUGAAGGAAACAAACAUUUUGAAACAUUGAAACAAUUGGUACAACUCAAGAUGGCUCUCUCUUCUAUCUUGUUAACUUUGGAACAAUCUAAAUCGCUGACAAAAUCCAUGCAGCAAUUGGAUUUAUUAUUCCGAGAUCGUGCUUCCAACGUUUCACUUCAUCCCACUCAUUCUGGAUCAACUAUUUCCCUCUCUCCAAACAAUGUAUCUUCGUCAUCUGGCUCUGGAGCUAAAUCUCCAAUAGUAACAGCUCAAAGUCCGAACUUGAAUGUCUUUUCGGGAGAGUCAUCAAACAUGCAAGAUAUUUCAAUGGAAACCUUGAGAGAAAUGACGAAUCAAAUUUGUUGUGUCGAAGAAGGAGUACGAACAUUGGAACCAUACAGCGAAAAAGUGAAAACAAAAUCAAAACCCAAGUUGUUACAAUAUAAGGAAAAACUCAUCAAAUCUCUCAUUGGAGGAAAAUUUGUGGCUGAAAUGAUGGAAACCUCUGAAAAGAGAAAUAUUGAAGUUUGCAGAGAGCUAAUUUAUUUGACACUUCGAAUUGAUAACAUUAAUGGAAUUUUUACAAUUUUUGAAUUGUAUUAUGACAAAAACUAUAAGGAAAUCAUUCAGCAGCAAACCAAACAACAACAAUUUUUCAAUCAAAUACUAUACAUGCUCAAGCAAGAGGACAAUGUUUAUCGAAAAUUAUUUCAGGGAUUUACUUCUCAGGACGAGCUUAGAAAUCAGGCAAAAAUUAAGCUUGUCGAAUAUUGUUUCAAUCACAAGAAUUGCUCUCUUGUGAAAACAGAAGAUUUACAACAAUUGGUAAUGAUCCAGUACAAAUCGACCAAGCUCUUUGCCAAGCAGCUAGAAGAUCUUUCAAAAUACCCAUCCAUUCAAAAGUUGCUAUUUGAACCCUUCGCCGUAACUCAGUCUUCCUAUUUGAGAAAUCUCGAAAAGGAAUAUCUCAUGAAACAAGUUAGACCACACUUAUCAAUGAGUGACAGUUUUGUAGAAUGUGUCGAUGAGGCUCUCAAUGCUUUAUUUGUGGAGUGUGAAAAUGCUUUGGAUCGAUGUAUUACGUUUACCUAUGGCAUAGAGUCGCAAAUGUUCAUUCGUGUCAUUAAUCAAGUAUUUGAAGAUUUUGGAGUUUUAAUAAGCAAAACAAUCAAUACUGAAAUGAACAAGGCUGUCAAAGCAAAGAAACCUACAACUAUACAGACAGAUAUUUCAUUCACUACCAAAGACAGAGAGAAUGUGCAAAAUGCUCUCAAACUCUAUGAAUUGCUUCAUGAUAAGGAAAAUGGAGUCAAGAAAAAACUCGAAGAUUUGGAACAAAAAAUCAAGUCCAAACUUCUUGAAGCUCUAAAAGAAGUUGUUCUUUCCAAGAAUGUGGAUGAAUAUUAUUCUACAGGAAGUGCAAUUCCAUUGUUUACGAUGGCAUUCAAAUCGGUGGAUAUUAAUUUGUUGCAGCCGUCUCACAAUUUGGCAAAAAGCACACUCAUGGCAUUUGUUUCCUCUCUCAUUACUGGAUCCACGAAGAACUUGACAGGUAAAUCGUACUAUCUCUCGCUCAUAGAUCCCGGUAACACUGUAGAAUAUGUGGAUGACAUUCAUUUACCAGAGUUGCAACACUCCAUUCCACCCUCUAAAUUCGUGUCACAAGUAGGAGAAUAUCUCAUCAAGCUACCUGAGCAACUUGAAAUUUUGGCCAACGACGAUUUUGUUGCCUUUUGGAUUGACCGUAUUUGUAAGGAAACAUUGAAUCUUUUGUCUUCAAGUGUGGAGGCACCUAAAAGUGGAAGCAAGUAUCAAAUUCUCCAAUGGAAUGCUGAUGUGCGUUAUUUAAGGCACGUGCUAGUGGAAGUUCUCGAUUUUAAUGGACCCGAGCUGAAUAUUUUGACCACCAUAGGAAAGUAA